UUGUAAGCAAGCUCUAUGAACAGUUUGACUGCUUUAGUGAACUGUGAAUAUCUCAAUUACUGUGUUUCUCUGUUAUAUUGGGUUCAGGUUUAGUUGCAGUCGAGGGACGUCACCCAGAAUCAUAAUGUUUGUCUAAGAGCCUUUCACCAGGUGCAUUGUGGAAUGCAGGACUUAUAUAUCAGGAAGGCACCCAAACACACUGAUACACCCUAACACUUUUAUUAUUACCUAUUAAUAAUAAUAACACUAUUAUUAUAACCUAAAUACAGUAAGUAAUGAAUUUUGUUAGUACACAUUUUAAAUUUACCUUUGAGCAAUUUGGGAGCCUAUAUAUAAAUAAUAUAUAAAAGUCUGUACCCACACUGAAAAUCUGAAACUGAAAAUAAACUCCAUGGUAUAAAUUUAGUCUCAUUGUGAGACAUACAUGAAGAUUGAAGGACACAGUUUAACAAAUGCAGCACUGCGUGUUCUUGCCCUACAUAGGGAAGUAAGUACCUAUUCGGUUGAUUAUCAUCACUAUUAUUACCUCAAUCUGCAUUCUUUAUGAUUAAAGUUGUUGCUUACUUGUUAUUUAUAUUCUCUGCGCCCUUUUUUAUGUUUGGGGAGAUUUUGUUGCAUGUAAAACAUGCAAUGAUAUAUUGAUUGCCUUUAUAAAACUAAAUAUUUUCUUCCUCAUGGGAUGGGAGUCAUUAAAUACAUAAAAAAAUUAAAACAAAUAUUUUGGCUAUGAUUGCAGCUUAGCCUGUGAUGGCUUUGUUUAGGUUUGUCCUCUGCCACCCUGGCUCUCUCUAGAUGUCCUCAUGAAAAGUAAUCUCUUUUUUUUUUUUACAUUCACAUGAAUUGCAAUUUAAGCUUUUCUAGACACACCAUGUAUUAAAGGAUUAGGUCUAAAGCCUAGGUGGGAGAUGUGGUUUUAUGGGCUUAAUGAAAUCAGGAAGAUAGGCUCCUUUCCAUUUCAGGUGCUACUUCCCAAACUCAACAGAAAGAAUAUGAACAAUUAAUUUUUUGUUUUUUUAGGAAUUUCUAGCUUUUUCCUUGGUUCAAAAAUGUCACACUAACAUAAAGUAUUAUUAUUUUUUUAUAACUGUAUUUUACAUGAACACUAAUUUUCAAGCUGUGAGAAAGUUAAAUCAAUGUUUAAACAUCCAUCACAAAAAUUUAAAGGUUUUUUCAGUUUUCACUCGUAAUAUACUCAUUUAAUGACUUUAAUAAUAAUGCGUGCUUGCGGAUUUUACCAGUGAUCAGUAACCAGAAGUUUAGAAAAUCUAAUUAUAUAAGUGCCAAAACUGCCUGUUAUCUUAUCUGAAGGCAAUAGUGGUGAUUUACUUUGUUUGGAUCCCUUUGAAAAUUAAAUUUCCAGGAAUCCAAUACGGAGGCUUGACGUAGUCUAUUAUCUUCUGUAAUUCAUAUGUUUAGGUCGCAUUAGCUGUGCUGUAGAAAGCAAAGAAUGUAUCUCUUUGAGUGUCAAGUGAUUUUGGCAUAGAUUAUCUUUAGCAAAGCUGAAGUACAUCUGGAUUUGUUUGUUCUGACAUUAACUUGUUUCUGACCUUCACCACAAGUUUCGGUCAAUUAUUAAUUUCACAACUUUUUUCCACAGCAUGGUGCCAAAUCAAUUGUUUCCCCAGAUCCAGAACUUUUCAUCUGACACAUGAUAGUAGGGGCAGAGGGCUAGUAGACCUUUGCGACACAUCCGUCAAUUAUUCAGGAGUAAGCAUGCUUGCUGGUUUAGGUUUCCCUAGUGCAGAUACAAGAUGACUAUCACAUAGCAAAACAAUGUCUGUGUCAAAAAAGGACACCAUUCGGUCUAGCAAAGUGUUUAUGUAUAUUCUGAUAAUUUUCUCUUAUGGUAAGUCAAUCAUAUUACAGUUGGUACCAUUACAAGUUAUGACACCUUACAUUUAAAACAGUGUUCUUUUUUAAGGGUAUGCAAAUAAUGCCUUUUGCAAAUGCAAAGCUGCCUUAUACAAUCUCUCAAAGCCUUGCUAAUCAACAACACUGUUGUCAUGUGUUCAUGGGAAAGAACUUUGAUCCUCAGCAUUUGCUGUGCAAACAGCAGCAUCCUGGUCAUAUAGUCUUAUGUUUGUAAUUGAAAUAGCCUAUCAGCUAUCUCCACCUCUUAAGUAAAUUACAUUUACCAUUCUCACAGAUUAUGCCUGUAAUAGUCAGGGUAUGUUAGCUAUUUUCAUAGUCAAAUAGACAUACCAUCCAUUAAAACAAAAUAAUCUGGCAUAAACACAUAGUAAUUACUCUAUUCACAAUGUAAUGUACAUGUUUUGUUUCAUUGGAUUGCACUGGAGAAAUGCCACCGUCAAUAAAAUGUUAGUUCUUCAAGAAAACUGAAAGGAUAAAUAAUCCUCUGAAGCUCUUGUGUAGUGUGUUUUCAUAGCAAUCACCUGCACCAGGUGGAAUGAUACUGGUCCCCGCCCUCUGAGAACACAGGAUGCAAAUGCUCUUGUUGUACAUAUCAGGUUUUUAGUCAUUCUGUGGGAGGAGAGACAGCUGACAGUGUGCUUCUGCUCACAGAUACUAAACUACAACCUAAACUGCCUGGAAUACAUUAGGGAAGAAGCUUCAAAUAAAAUCCAAUGUCCAGUGGACCACCAUAGAUUUCACUACAGAGAUGCCAAUUGCAGAAUUGCUUGGAGUGCACUUUGACAUGCAGCUCCUGGGCAAACUGACUCUAUCCGUGGCCACCAUGCUAUUUGUCUCCUUGGUUUUCAGAUUCUACAACUCCAGGGCACGAAACAGACGGCGAGGAAGUGAAAGAAGGGGUGUGCAAGCAACCCAAACGAGCUACACUGCCUGCAAUACUGUGCAAGAACCACAGAGUAAAACUGCAAAGGAGGAGUCUGACAGGGAAAAUCGUUUUCAGCAAUCUUCAGAGAAACCCUUGCAAGAAAGCCUUAAAGAAGACAAUUCUGCCUUGAAAAGGGGUCAGCCUGAAACUAUGGACUUGGACAGCAGUGCAAAGGAGGAACCUGCAAAUAAAAGCAACGCAACCGAAGAUACAGCUGAGGUGAAGAGUGUCAAACCAAAGUUGACCCUACAGCUUCCUGGUGUGAGCGAAAAAGGUCCAGGGAGUCCAAGUGGUCGCCGAUCCCCAGUCAUAAUGAAGAAGCUGGAAGGUGGCACAGGUGUUGGCAGGCAGCUGAUACAAGACGUUGGUCACCAAGGAAUGUUCUCCAGUUUUCAGUCGAAGGCAGAGAUUAAAGUAGAGAAUGCUGACCUUAUCUUGGAUGGGCCAGGGAAUUGUAGAACGGGUGUCCAUGGAAAAAUCUAUGAGUACUAUGUAGAGUCCUCUUCUCAUUUCAUCUCAGAUUUAGGUCCUACCCCAUCUGUCAGUCCAGUUUAUGGUCAUAACGAAAACAGCACUUUGUUUAAAUCGCAAUCAUUGGAUUUACCCAGUUUUAAGGACCGAUCUCGAUCACCAAGUCCACAACCUUCUAGUUUCAUAAUGCGCGAUCUCGAAAUUGCUCCACAAAUUGCUAACGAGCCUCCCUCGACAUUCAAACCAACUGUGAGGUACAGCAGGCAAGUAGUCAUUCGUCAGGACAGCUAUCUUACUGCUGCCAGUGACUCAGAGCUUCCAAUCCCCUUGCCUACACAGAGGGCUUUAACACCUCGCAGCUGUUCUCCAGCACAACCCAAUGACAUCCCUUUAAGCCCAUUAGAUUCUGAUAGAGCAAACCUGGAUGCGCCGGAGGAACCACAAGUCGAAACUGUUGCCGGAGCAAAAUUCUUACACUUUCCAGAGAACAUGGGAAAUGCAGAACUAGAGAGUCUAACUGGGAAGCUCGAUUUAGGCAACUGCUUGGAGGCUUUAACACUUGCUAAAAAACACGGUCACACUGCCCUUCAGCAAGCUGCUCUCCGUGUCAUGUCUGAUAAUUACCUUCAGGUCCUCAGAGACCCAGGCCUCUUUGGCAGGCUGAAAGCAGGGGAGCGUGAUCACAUCCAAACACAACGCAUGAGAGGAAGGAAGUGGUUAGUGGUGGCAGAUAUGGAUUCCCCGGAUUGGAGUAGACGUCCGUCACAGUCGACGGAUUUAGAGUCUGAAUCAGUUAAGUCGUCCAGCGGUAUUUAUUACUACGACGAUUAUAAGGACGCUUGGCACCUUCAUACCCACAUUCCCCAGGAGGUGUUAUCUAAAGGUUGCGCCAUGUGCACCAUGGAUAAUUAUCUAUUUAUCGCUGUUGGUUUCCAAGGCCCAGACCGUGAAGCAACCCCUUCGAAGAAAGUGUACUGUUACAACCCAAUAACUUCCAUUUGGAGUGAAAUAAGCCCCAUGAAUGAAGCAAGGCCUCACUGCAAACUCGUGGCUCUGCAGGGCCAUCUGUAUGCCAUUGGAGGCGAAUGCCUAUCAACGGUUGAGCGCUAUGACCCCAGGACAAACCGAUGGACCUUUGUGGCACCUCUUCCUAAUGAGACAUUCGCCGUGGCGCACAAGGCCACAGCUUGCAACGGUGAACUGUUUGUUGCAGGGGGCACGUUGAGAUACACCCUUUUGCGCUAUAAUCCCAAGACCAACACAUGGAGAGAGAGCAUGAUUGUGGGCAGUAAGGACAAGACCACAGAAAUAGUGGCGGUCAGGAACUUCUUGUAUCGCUUUGACGUCAGUCCCCUCGGCAUCAGUGUGUAUCGCUUUCACGCAGUGGCCCGGCUGUGGUACGAAUGCUCUUCAAUACGCUUUCCACAUUGCACAGCCUUUCAGUGUGUGACUAUGGACAAUAUUAUCUACUGUGUGAGUCGUCAGUUUACCUUAAGGUUCCUUGCAGAUGAAGUAUCUCCGAGCUUUGUAGCACAGGAUUUGAAAGUGCUAUCUCCAGCUAAAGGUAUUUUGUUUCCAUUUGUCCUUGUGCUACCCGACAGGACCACUCAACAAACUUGUGUUUAAAAAAGGUCAGAUCUUUCAAGUAGGAUGUUGUCUGGUAAAAACAAACACUCAGGGCCAUAGUAUAAACAUGUUAAAGAAAUGCACCUUUUUUAAUUAGUGGCAAUUGAGAUAAAAUAUCAAGGCUAUUACAUGCAAUUAUUGUACAGCUAGAUUACCCAGCACUUACUGAUAAAUAAAUCUGCUGUUGCAGUGAAGGCUAUUUGUUUGUUUGGGCCUUCAAACCACUCUGAUGUCUAAAUCAACCUUUAAUUCCUGGAAAUGUCUUGUGCAAGUGCUUAAAAUGUUUCAGUAAAUAUACUGCUUUUGAAACACUGUGUGGAUAAUGUUAACCAAUCAAUACUGUGUGUAGAAUAAAGCUGAACUGCAAUUGCGGAGCUGGCAUCAUAAACAACAUGAAUGGCUGCCAUUAGUACAAUUUAUGUAAGUUCUCUAAUUAUAUUCAUAGCUUUUUUUUCUUUCCUUUAUGCAUAUUUGCAGUUUCUCUGCAUAUCGCACGAUCAAUCUUACAUGAUACCGGCAUGUUGUUAUAUAAAAUGUAAAUCUAUACGUUGUACUGUAUUUUAUGUAAUUUUCCAUGACAUUUCUAUAAAAUUUGUCAUCUUGUCACAAGGGGAUUUUUACAGAUCCAUGGCUUUACUCGUCACGCAUCUUUAAUUUCUUAAAACAUUUUAUGUCAACACUGUGUGGUUCUUUGCAAAGACAGUUUAACAUCACAAGCGUUUUGGGGAGCCCAGAAGAAAGGUUUAUCCUUGUGUAUUCGAUUAAACUGUAUAGAGAGAGAACUAAUGACUUAAUGGGUAAGGAAAGAGUAUAACGCUUUGCCUCUUCGUGCACUUUUCUGUCUCUAUCUUCUAAAGAACAGGGAAUAAAAUUCUCUCAUCUAUUAUAA